GUUCCAGUAAUAUCUCGCAAUCAUGCCGCCCCGUAAGCAGUGGAUUGACAAGAAAAACGCCACCACUUACCAACUCUUCCACCGCUCGCAAAAUGACCCUCGAAUCCACGACCCCGAAGCCGAUGACCGGGUUCUGUAUCAAACCUCAGGGCCUGCCCCGGAGUCCAGCGCCUCGUCCGAUGCCGCGAAGCGCGCACAGAAUCUCAGGGAUUUGAGCUCCCAGUUCGGCCCCGACGCCCUCCGCCAGAACGAAGGCGAAGCCGCCAACUACGGCGUCUACUACGACGACUCCAAGUAUGACUACAUGCAGCAUUUGCGGGAGCUGGGCACCGGGGGUGGUGCAUCGCACUUCGUGGAAGCCGCCUCGAACGACAAGGGCAAGGGCAAGCCCAAGAUGCGCUUGGAGGACGCCCUGCGCAACAUGUCCGUGGCGGGCGGCAGCACCGACGACGACACGCAAAGCCAGAUCUACGGCUCCGAGAUGCACUCCACCGCAUCUACCUACUCCCGCAAGCCCACCUACCAGGACCAGCAGAACGUGCCCGACGCCAUCGCCGGGUUCCAGCCUGACAUGGACCCCCGGCUGCGCGAGGCGCUCGAGGCUCUCGAGGACGAGGCCUUCGUCGACGACGAGGACGACGACGUCUUUGGACAGCUGACCUCGCGAGCUGAGGAGAUGGAACCCGGCGAGUGGGAGGACACGAUGUUCGACCAGGACGACUAUUACGACGACGAGGACUACGACGACGGUUGGGAAUCCGACGCCACGGAGAAGGCUCCCGUGCAGGCCUCCUCGACCAACGCCGCAUCCCUCACCGAGGACGGAGCCGCCCACCCCACCGCACCAGGCGAAUUGCCCUCGCACGACGCCCCGGCGCCCGAUAUGCCCACCGAAGACCAGGGGUGGAUGCGCGAGUUCGCCAAGUUCAAGAAGGAAGCCAAACAGCCGAAACCCGAGGACGCCGCGGCAGCAAGACGCCCCGGCGCGGCCGCCAGCGUGGCACCCAGCGAGCUGCGCAGCGCCCUGGACGCAUCGACCGUCUUCACCGCAGGCGGGACGCCCAUGCGGCGCAAGAAGCGCAAGGGCGCGCUCACCAACCCGUCUGCAUACUCCAUGACGUCGUCGGCGCUGGCGCGCACGGAGGGCCACCGCCUGCUGGACGACCGGUUCGACCGCGUCGAAGCUCUAUACGCCCUCGACGAGGAAGACGAGGAGCUCGACGACAGCAUGUCCAUGGUCAGCGGCGCGACGGGCAUGACGGGCAUGACAGGCAUGUCGACCGCGUCGUCGCAGGCGCCCAGCCUGAUCGACGCCAACGGCCGCGAGGUCGCGCCCCGCCACGACAUCAACAACAUCAUGGAUGACUUCCUGUCCGGGUGGGACGACAAGACGGGCGCCGAGGUCAAGCGCAAGGGCGUCAAGAACAAGCGCGGCAAGCACGGGAACGAGGCGAUCGGGAUUCGCAUGCUGGACGAGGUGCGGCAGGGGUUAGGGCCGGCUCGUGUGUCGGGUCGUGCCGGACGGGCCUGAUAUGGAUGGAGGAAUGAAAAAAAAAAGUUGUUUGUUUGGUCAUGGUUUGGCGUCUGGAUGAUCUUUUCUUUCUUUUCUAAUUCUUUGGCCUUUUUCUCUUACUCGAGUGCUCUGUUUAAGGCUAUUGUUUAUGAUUCAUGUAGAUAGAUCCAUAGAGUUUGAUGCAUGCGGAAGCAGUUCUCCCGUC